CACCCGUGUACGGGGCUGGGGGGCUGCGGGGUGCACCGGCCCCGGGUGGGCUCUGAGAACCAUGGGGGACUUCAUAGGGAUGCUGAUGCUGGAGCCGUGCUGGUGCCCUCCAGGGCUGUGAACCCCCCUGUUCAGCCCCCACCGAGCUGGUCCCCGUGGGCAGGGGACAAUGGCCAAGCGGCUGCUGGUGGCCUAUGGGCUGUGGGCUCUGGGGGGGCCGCUGGGGCUGCACCACCUCUACCUGGGCCGGGACAGCCAUGCCCUGCUCUGGAUGCUGACGCUGGGGGGCUUCGGGGGUGCCUGGCUCUGGGACUUCUGGCACAUCCCGGGCUGGGUGGCCACGGCCAACGGGGCUAAGGUGCCCGGGGACCAGGGCGGGACCGUGCCAGCCCUCAGCCCCCUGCGCCUGCUGGGGCAGGUGACAGUGGGGAUGUACUUCGGGGUGGUGGCAGCGCUGGGGCUGCCCUGGGUGCCGGCGCUGCUGGCGCAGCCUCUGGCCGUGGGGCUGGGGGUGCAGCUGGUCUCCUCGGUGGGCAACCAGACGACGGAGGCACCCAGCACCCUGGCAGCAGCCUUUCUCGCCUCCCUGCUCUUCCAGGGCCGGGUGCUGGCCGUGCUGCCCGCCAGCCUGGCUGCCUCGGUGGCCGCGCAGCGUCACCGGCGUUACAAGCCCCGUGGGACCGCCCGGCCCCGUUUAGCUGCUCGGCUGUACCACCUGGGGCUGGCCUGCCUGGCUUUUGCUGCCCCCCUGGCUUUCCGCGGGCUCUGCGGUGCUGCCGGGGUGCUGAGCACCCUCCUGGCCCUGCCCCGAGCGGCCGCCGAGCUCCUGCUGCUGCCCCUCCGAUCCGCCUGGGUCCUGGCGGAGGUUCUGGGCAUCGCUGGGGGCUCCUCGGGAAGGGAGCGCGGGGAUGGCUCGGAAAGGAGCAGCUGGAGCCAGAGGCAGCAGCGGGCGUACGAGGUGCUGGGCCUCCCGGCCGGCUCCUCCACCGAGGACGUGCACCGGAGCUACCGGGAGCUGGUGAAGGUUUGGCACCCGGACCACAACCGGCAGCGGGCGGAGGAGGCCGAGCGGCGGUUCAUCGAGCUGCAGGAGGCCUACGAGGAGCUGGCGGGGCCCAGGAGAGCGGCGGCCGCGGGGUGACGGUGCCGGUGCCGGCGGGGGCGACCCCCGAGGCGGGGCGGGGGGGUUUGUGAACAAGCGGGUUCUCUCCCA